GCCCGCCAUGAAGACCCCCGGCGAGGUGCUGCGCGAGGGCGAGCUGGAGAAGCGCAGCGACAGCCUGUUCCAGCUGUGGAAGAAGAAGCGCGGCGUGCUCACGCCCGACCGCCUGAGCCUCUUCCCCGCCGGCCCCGGCGCGCGCCCCAAGGAGCUGCGCUUCCACUCCAUCCUCAAGGUGGACUGCGUGGAGCGCACCGGCAAGUACGUCUACUUCACCAUCGUCACCACCGACCGCAAGGAGAUCGACUUCCGCUGCGCGGGCGAGAGCUGCUGGAGCGCGGCCAUCACGCUGGCGCUCAUCGACUUCCAGAACCGCCGCGCCCUGCAGGACUUCCGCAGCCGCCAGGAGCGCGCCGCGCCCGCCGCGCAGGCCGAGCCCCGCGCGCCCUGAGCCGAGCCCCGAGCCCCGAGCCCGCGCCCCCCGAGCCGAGCCCGCGCGCCCUGAGCCGAGCCCCGAGCCUCGAGCCCGCGCCCCCCGAGCC